GGAAGUUGUUUUUAUCUCUCAGAUGACAAGUUCCGGUUGGGCAAAUUUGAACGCAGCCGGUGGUUUAAAGUUCUGCUCAUUUGAUUGAAGGAGCGAUAAAUAAAACUACAUUUUAUGAGGAGAGUGAUGUGCUUGGCUGCUCAGUAGUUUUCCAGACUUCAUACGGCGAUGGAUCCCGGCACUGUAUCACUGUUUCAGAGAGUGUCCGAAAAGCUGGGCUGGGACAGAGAUGGAGGUCUCGAUCGAGCUGAAGCCAAGUUGAGGAAGAGCUUGAAGAAGAACAGCUGUGAUCUGGAGCACAGACCGCUGUCGGGGAGAGACAAGCAUGUGCUGCUGACCUCAGACGAGGAGGAACUGGAUAAGUUUCUUGCUGCGAAGGCUACCCCAAAAUCCACAUUUAAACAGUCUGCAUUAACUGCCCAGAAACCAAGAGAACCAAUUCCAGUUCUGUCUUCAGAUAGUGAUGAUGAAUUUGAAACAUUUUUAAAUCGAGUGAAAACCCCAAAGGCUAAGCUCCAUCCGCGGUCUGUGAGUAGCAGUGAUGACAGUCUGAAGCGCUUCAUAGUGGACAGCCUGUCAUCUGAUGAGGAUUUCGUCAUUGAGAAGAAGCCUUCCAUUAGUAAAGGGAAAGCCAAGACCGCUAAGACUCCCAAAUCAGUUCAGAAGACCGAGAAACCGCCUCCAUCUGUCUUCCUGAGCGACAGUGAUGAGGACCGAGACGCUGUUAUCAAGAGCACCUGGAGGACCAGACACAGCCGUCCACCUUCUGAGGAGCAUCACCCCUCGAGCGCAGGCAGAGAGGAGGACGUGAAGCCUUGUGUGCUCCCGCCAGCAGUCACUGUGACCACACACAGCGCUCCUGAGGACUCAUGCAGCUCUGAGGAGGAGUUCCUGUCCUUACUGGACCGGGUCAGACAGAAUCAGAUCCUGGGAGGCAGUACACAUGCAAGCCCGAGGCCUCCUCCAGAAUCCAAGCCACGACCUCCCUGUUUGUCGACCCCGUCUGCUGUGGGUAAGACAGUUAAAGGACGGUCGAUGACCCACACCCCAGAGCAGACGCCCCGCAGCAGACCAGUGAGCCAGACUGAGCCCAGAGCUGCGCCCCACAGCAGGGUGCUGGUGUGUAAAACUCCCGGCUGCUUCCUGCAGUCCCUGUCUGUUCCUGGAUCGCCGUACAGCCGCAGCUUCAAACUCAACAAAGAGGAGCUCACUAACAAACUCUUCCAGCUCUACAACACCAGCGUGUUUGACAGUAAGCUUCCCGCUGACAUGUCUGUCACGUGGAACAAGAAGAUGCGCAAGACCGCAGGAUACUGCAUCUCGGGCCAGGAGCGUGGCUCUGGGGAGCGAUACGCCCGCAUCGAGCUCUCGGUCAAAGUUUGUGACUCCGCAGAUCGCUUACGAGAUACGCUAGUGCAUGAAAUGUGUCACGCUGCCACGUGGCUAAUAAACGGCGUUCGUGACGGGCACGGGCCGUUCUGGAGACUGUAUGCUCGUAAAGCGAUGCUGGCUCAUCCUGAGCUACCGAUGGUGUCCCGCUGCCACAGCUACGACAUCAACUACAAGUUCAACUAUCAGUGUAACCGCUGCAAGAACACGAUCGGCCGUCACUCCAAGUCCCUGGACACCUCAAAGUUUGUGUGUGCUUUGUGCACUGGCCAGCUGGUGUUGAUGACCCCCUCAAAGCCGCGGGCGCCCACGGCCUUCGCCUCCUUCGUGAAGGACAACUACAGCUCGGCGAGACGGGACCUGGCAGGACAGAGCCACGCUGAGGUCAUGCGCAAACUCAGCGCUGACUUCGCCAGCAAAACACGUCUCAGUCAGAGCUGAUCUCUGGUCAGACACACGAGUCACAGACACCUCAAACCAUCUGCUGCAUCAGUUUGAGUUCUGUUCACAUGCAGAGGGACUCCAUCAGACUAUUACUAUUGGUUUUAUACUGUGAAAUAGUUUUAUUUAUGGUUAAUGGCCAUAAAAGCCUUAUGAUAUAUGAGCCACAUUCAUGUUUAUUUCCUCCCUGAAUCUUAAGAUCCACCUCUUGUUAUUAAAGGGAUAUACGUGUCAUUUGUUUCUGUUUGUGUCACGUUGGUUAGUUAUUUCAUCUUGUGUAUGUUGUAUUGUUUACAUGUGUUUUUUGUUCAGAAUAAAAAACUGAUAUUACA